AUGGGCUCGUCCGCCAAAAAGAAAAAAGAGAAGAAGCAAGACUUCCAAAAGCCCAAAUUAAAGGUCGGCAAGGCUCGUCCAAAGAACACCAACGCUACAGACACCAGCUUCACGGCCAAGUCCAUCGUACUCAAGCAGCAAAAUUUGAGUGAGACCGGACGAGAUGCUGCAGCUCUCUUUAGCCACAAUCUGUCCCUCCUCAGCAGCAAGAACGAGACUCAGCGACGGGAUGCUCUGGCUUGGCUCAUUACUGCUGUGGCCGCGAAUCCCAACAAUCUUCCUCAGCCUGCAUCAGUCGUGCUCAGCAAGGCACAACCGUUGAUAUUGGACGGAAGCUCCUCCGUACGCCAGCAAUUGCUCAAGCUCCUCAAGGUCCUGCCCAAAGCAGAGACGGGCUCUCUUGAGCAGACAUUGCUCUACACUCGCGCAGGACUCACGCAUGUCUCUGCGGACAUUCGUACAACAGCGCUCGAUGUCCUCGACUGGUUGCUGGAGACUAGUGGAGAGGCUGUAGUAAGCAUCGCGGGAGGGUGGGUGAAGACCCUGCAGACAUUUCAGAACCUGCUCGCCUGGCAAGGCGCACCCGUGACGGCUCCGUCUGCUGGCGGCGAGAAAUGGUCGGCGACCAAGACAACGUCGAAACUGGGCAGCAACAAGCUCUUAGUGCAUCAAUUGACGAGUCUGGCACAUUUUCUCAAUGUGGGCCUUUACCAAGCGCCUCCUGAUUCACGGGAAGAGGCAAGAAGAUCGGCUGCGUUGUUUCCUCUCUGCCAGACCAAUGCUCAUUCGAUCCCAAGCAAGAGCAAUGCGCUUGGCUAUCUGAACCUCUUCGGUGCUCCUCGGGAUGUCGACAGUGAGGUCUACGACGAUGUCGAAGAGCGCAUCAAUGUCUUCACUGAACUGAAUUUGCAUUAUGCUUUUGCUCAUGGCGUGAGAGAAGUGAGACGAGAAGGAGGUGAAGUGGGCAGGGCCGCGGCUAUGGUUGACAAGGCAUUGAAGCUAGUGGACGAGGUGAGGUGA